AUGCCGGAAGUGCCUUGGAGAACGAUUUGGUCGUGUCAUCUUACAGAGGAAAUUGCACCUGAUAAGAGAACGCCUGAGAGUGGAGAUUUUGUGGCUGACAGCCACGGUCACUUUGGUCGUAUUUACACGCCGACGGGCGUUAUGGGAGUGGAGCCACACUUCUGGAGGAUGCGAGGUCUUCUUGUCACGGAUCCUGAAAAGAAAUAUUAUCCCCGUGCGAUGAUUUCUGUUGCUCAUGAUUGCAAUCCGGAUGAAAACAGAGACAAUACCGUAAUUCGCGGCGAAAUUAUUAGUGCUGUCAACGUGAUGCAGUGGAGGAUAACUAUCUUCAGUUACUGGGGUCGCAAUGUCCGCAUCAUCCAAGUCCACUUUGAUGGGAAGUAUUCGCACAUGGCUCUCAGUCCUUUUAUAGAUUUCGACACUUUGAAACAAGAAUAUUGGGAUCUUUUACUCAGAUGGAGACUCUGCAAGCCUGUUGGAGAUACGAGAGUUCCAACAAAUUCUCCUCCCAUUCGAUUUCCGCCACCGCCUCUCGCUACCCCUCCAGCCGAAGAGAACCAAUCGAACUCUGCUUCCUCUGCUUGA